AUGCCGUCGGUGCCGUGCGAUGCAUGCGCACUUCGGCGUGUCAAAUGCGAUGGCAACAAUCCGUGUUGGAUUUGUAUCAAGAAUAACCAGCCCUGCACCUUCCUGAGAGUCCGCAGGCGCAGAGGGCCUAAAGGUCCUCGGAAGUCAACCAAGGCUAAACUGGAGCAGCUCUACGCACAGCUGUCACUACCCCGUACAGAUCCACCAGAUCAGAAACUGAUUUCUUUGGGGGCCUACUUCAAGUAUCUCGACGUCUACAAGCACGCGUUGUACACGACCUGGCCGAUCGUGUCCAUCGAUUUGCUGAAAUCGCGACUGAAAGACCGCCGGACCAUCGACUUCGAAUCAUAUGCGCUUGCUGCGGCACUCAGUGCAGCGACAAUAGUGCAGUUGAAGCAUUGUCAAAGUGAACCCGUGACCGAAGAACUCGUAAUGGAAGGGGAGAAUUUUGUCAAGGAGUGUCUACGGCAUCGUAACCAAUGCAAUUUGCAUAGCACUAUCACCAUAAACUUACUGCUCACCUCCCUUUUCCUCCAUAUGUACUAUGCCAACACCGGGCAAAUGAAUGCAGCGACCUUCGCCCUGCGUGAGGCCAUCACCUACGCCGAUCUCCUGCGUCUCGGAGAUCCAACCACAUUGGGGUCUCUAUGCAGGGAUGAAAGAGAGCUGCGACUUCGUGUCUAUUGGGUACUUUUCGUGACGGAACGAACAUUCUGCAUACAACAUCGCAUUUCCAUAACCAUGCAGAAAAUCAACAGCUUCCCCACCUUCCUCGACGCCCACGAUAUCAAUCCACAUUCCGUUGGUGGGUUCUGUGAACUCGUUCGUUUGUUCACUUACGUUGAGACUGCAUUGGUGGCAAUCGAGCAAGCUCCGUCGACAUUAUCGUACAGCAAGAAGGAAUUGCAGUGUAUUUCCACUGGCCUUGACUCCCGCGCCCACCACCUGGAUUCGCUGGGGGACCUGCAGAUUGCCGACAUCGAAACCACGCGUGCUUGGCUGAGAUCGCUUCUAUGGCAACAUGCUGCCUCGCGAUUCAUGCUUGAAUCAGACGCUCAAAUUGUACAGUUUACCCCGGAGUAUCCGUUUCAUCUCGCAAGAGAUUUACUGUCGUUCCUGUCCAAGGUUCAAUCAAACUCAAUCCGCGCCCAUGCUUAUUCCAUGGAAGUCAAACUUUCCCAGAUCGCACACUCCCUUCUUGACACUAUCGCUGUCGUUCCUUCUAUCGGACAAAUGCGUGGUCAGCAACACGGACCAGAGCAUGCUGUCCUUGCGCUCGAACAACUGCUGGCUUUCACGGCAGGCGGCAAGUCAGAGCACCUUUCUCUUUUGCAUACCCGCAUGAGCGAGCUCGGGGUCGCGAAACCCUCGCGGCUGUACCUCACUCUAGAAGAUCCUACCUCUCCGCCACAAGUUGAAUCCGGCGCAGAUGACGAACCGAAGUCAGGUUCCGCGGGUGAUAGGGCCCAAAUUGCGGGGUCGGAAGAGAUCGAUGCAUGGCUGCAGCUUCUCAUUAUCCUCAUUAAAGUGUGGAGUAGAGCAAAGAGUACGGGGAAACGCCCCGGCAAGCACGGGUUAGUCAAUUUUCGCGAGAAAUACACCGAGCCCAUCAGCGCAACUUAUAAUGAGCCCCGUUCUUUUGCUCCCGAUUUUCUUUCUUCUGAGCUGUCACAUACUUUCAUCAUGCACCGCUAUUCCUUUCCGAGGGCACCAGUUGCGCACCCAGAAGCGACGGUUGGUGGCGCAGGAAAGUCUUAUCGAUUCACCGUUCUGACGGACGGUCUUCUAAGAUAUGAGUGGGCAGAUGAUGGGUGCUUUGAAGAUAGAGCUUCUGUGUUGGCAGUUAACCGUCGGCUACCCAUCCCUGAAUUUCGCGUACUGGAGACCGACACCAGUGUGCAAAUAAUCACGUCUCGAUUUCAUUUGACCUACGAUAAAGGGAGCUUUUCCCCUAGCGGUCUAAGUGCCGCUAUUAAAGGAUUCUACGGGCCACACAGCAGCAUCUGGCGAUAUGGUAACCCUCAUAAUACCCUCGGUGGCACUGCACGAACGCUCGACGAGAUCAACGGGAGAAUCGAGCUCGAGCCGGGCAUUGUCGCUCGUCAAGGCUUCGCAACCUUGGACGACUCAAAAUCUAUGCUAUUCGACGAGAACGGGUGGCUCGCUGUCCGUCGACCGGGAAGUGGCCGUGUGGAUGGCUAUCUCUUCGCUUAUGGACAUAGUUAUCGGGAGGCGGUCCGCGCAUUCUAUGCCUUGUCAGGUCCCCAACCGCUGCUCCCACGUUGGGCGCUAGGUAAUUGGUGGAGCCGGUAUUACGCUUACAAUGCCGAGGAAUAUCUGGAGUUGAUGGAUCGGUUCCGGGAGAAAGGGAUCCCACUUUCGGUUGCUGUCUUGGACAUGGACUGGCAUAUUGUCGAUGAGGACUGCGUGGCUAAGUCAGGCGUGACUGGGUGGACAGGAUAUACCUGGAAUAAAGCGCUGUUUCCUGACCCACCACAUUUCUUAGCAGAGCUACACCGUCGGGGCCUGAAAACGUCUCUGAAUGACCACCCAGCAGACGGAGUCCAGAGUUAUGAGGAGCUCUAUGGCGAGAUGGCGAGAGUUUUAUGCCAUGACACCUCACUGGGAGAUCCCAUUUCGUUUGACAUUACAAACCGCGCGUUCCUUGACGCCUACUUUGACGUUUUGCACAGGCACUUUGAUACCCAGGGAAAUGAUCUCUGGUGGGUAGACUGGCAGCAAGGACCCCAUUCCCGAAUUGCCGGGAUUGAUCCACUCUGGGUGUUGAAUCACUUUCAUUUUUUGGACAGUGCGCGUGAGAGCAAACGUCCGUUGACCUUCUCACGAUACGCGGGGCCAGGAAGCCAUCGAUAUCCAAUUGGGUUUUCAGGAGAUACAUUUAUCACAUGGGAGUCGCUGGAUUUCCAGCCUGAAUUCACGGCGACAGCGUCGAACAUUGGAUUUGGGUGGUGGAGCCAUGAUAUUGGCGGGCAUAUGCACGGAGUGAGAGACGAGGAGUUGCUGGUCCGCUGGGUUCAGUACGGAGUCUUCUCGCCAAUCCUGCGUCUCCAUUCUUCCAAUAAUCAAUGGAACCUCAAGGAGCCGUGGAUGUUGGAUGUAGGAUUCGAGCGGGUCAUGACCAAAUUCCUCCGUCUACGCCACCGACUCAUUCCCUACCUCUAUACCAUGAACUUCCGGGCAGCGCGAGAAGGGCUCCCGCUCGUGCAACCCAUGUACUGGGAAUAUCCAGAGAGCGAGGAAGCCUAUCGGUUCUCUAACCAAUUCCUCUUCGGCUCGGAGCUGCUCGUUGCACCGAUUACUGCACCGCUAGACGCAAAAGCACGCAGAUCCCUGGUACGGGCAUGGUUUCCCCCAGGUCGCUACGUUGAUAUCUUCACAGGCACGGUGUACGAUGGCGACCGUGAACUUUGGCUCAGCCGUCCGCUGGCAUCAUACCCAGUUUUUGCCCGUGAAGGCUCCAUCAUUCCGCUGGACGGAGCUUCAGAGCCUGCUAAUGGCGGCAACGACCCCAGCGAAAUCGAAAUCCUUGUUGUCGUCGGGGCUGACGGCGAUUUUGAACUUGUGGAGGAUGAUGGCCAAGGUGAUGAAGUCGAUCAGAUCACGUUUCGCCGAACGCCAAUUUCCUUUCAUCAUGGGACCGGAGAAAUAUGCAUUGGACCAUGCUCGGGCACUCAGACGACGACUUCUCGUCAAUGGAGCGUCCGGUUGCUGGGUUGUUCCUCCCUCCCGGAACAAGUGCACGCCUUGGUCAAUGACGUGACGAGGGUCUGUCAAACGGAGAAGAUCUCCAAUGGAACUCUGAUCAAGCUGGGCUCAUCAGGACCCAAGGAUACUGUCGUGGUGAGAAUGUGUUCGCAGCCACAGCUUGACGUCCACUCGCCCACCACGCCCAUAAUGGAGUUCCUCCGCGACGCACAGAUUGAAUUGGACCUGAAAGAGGAGAUUUGGAAGAUCGUAGCGAAGACAAGUUCCACAACAGUUCGUGUGGGACAACUGCAGGCACUUGGCCUUGAUCGAACUGUGCUAUAUCCCAUCUUAGAAAAUCUACUAGCCGACUCACGCCCAGCUCGUCCGUGA